CGUGGAGGAAGCUCGGCUCAUGGUGGGCUGACACCUCCGGUAGGAGAAAAGGGUGGAGAUCUGGAGUUAAAGUUCACUGGUGCUGGCUGCAGGCAAGCUGAGGCCGGCGGCGAGCUCGUUUACACUGGGAAGAAGAGUUAAUUGCAAACAAGUAGUUUGAGCCAUAAUGGAACAAACAGUUGGUAAGCCAAAGGAAGACCAGGUCAAAGGGACAUGUUGGACAGAAGACAUUCCCAAAGCUAAGAAGUGCACGGUGAUUGGAGGCUCUGGGUUCCUGGGGCAGCACAUGGUGGAGCAGUUACUGGCACGAGGCUAUGCUGUCAAUGUAUUUGAUAUGCGCCAAGGGUUUGACAACCCUCAGGUACAGUUCUUCAUAGGCGAUCUCUGCAGCCAACAGGACCUGUACCCAGCUCUGAAAGGUGUCAGCACAGUUUUCCACUGUGCAUCACCCCCAUCAUCCAGCAACAACAAGGAACUCUUUUAUAGAGUGAAUUUCAUUGGCACCAAGAAUGUCAUUGAAACCUGCAGAGAGGCUGGAGUUCAGAAAGUCAUUUUAACCAGCAGUGCCAGUGUCGUCUUCGAGGGCGUUGACAUCAAAAAUGGAACUGAAGACCUUCCCUAUGCCACGAAGCCCAUUGACUACUACACAGAGACCAAGAUCUUGCAGGAGCAAGUAGUACUGGAUGCCAAUGAUCCUGAGAGGAAUUUCUUAACUACAGCCAUCCGUCCCCAUGGCAUCUUUGGCCCAAGAGACCCCAUGUUGGUCCCUGUCCUCAUUGAUUCAGCUAAGAAGGGCAAAAUGAAGUUCAUGAUUGGAAAUGGGGAGAACCUGGUAGACUUCACCUUUGUGGAGAAUGUUGUUCACGGACACAUCUUGGCUGCCGAGCAUCUCUCCCAAGAUACAGCUCUGGGUGGGAAGGCAUUCCACAUCACCAACGACGAACCAAUCCCUUUCUGGACAUUCCUGUCCCGUAUCCUGACAGGCCUUAAUUAUGAGGCCCCCAAGUACCACAUCCCCUACUGGUUGGCCUACUACCUGGCCUUCCUGCUGUCCCUGCUGGUAAUGGUGGUCAGUCCUAUCAUCGAACUCCAGCCCACUUUGACACCGAUGCGGGUCGCGCUGGCCAGCACAUUCCACUACUACAGUUGUGAGAAAGCCAAAAAGGUCAUGGGGUACCAGCCACUGGUUACCAUGGAUGAUGCUGUGGAAAGGACUGUGCAGAGUUUUCACCACCUGCGGAAGGUCAAGUGAGGCGGCACCCUGUAGUCAAAACCAUCUCAGUGAUGAUUGUCCGUGCCAAUAGCUCUUUUCUCUCUGCGUUGAUGAACUAAUCUUUCAAAUGACUUUCUUCUGUGCUAUGCCUUCCCUUGCUGGUUAGAUGGAAGCACACCUAGCUCCCUCCAUGACAAGGAGGGCAGUAAGAACAGCUGGCAUUUCUCUCCGUAUAGCAUUGGAUUUUUAAAGCAGGCAGAGCCGUUCUACUGUUUUUGUUUUUCUCCAUCCAUCCAUCUGUCCUCCCUCCCUUCUUCCCUCCUCUGAGUUCAUUAUCACAAAGACUUCCCUGAAUGGACCAACAGUAAAGUGAAAACCACAAGACUUGAUUCAAGGAAUUAUAUCUUAAUGAUAUCCAGAAAGCACACCCAGAAAUUGUAAACUCGUGGGGAAGACUUCAAAUGUACAUUUCACAUUAUCAUAGUUUAGCGUAGUUAGAGGUAUCGAUGACUCACAAUCCCUAAGGAGAAGUAUGCUGCUGGUUCCUCACCUUGCAUGCUUCCAAGGUCUGUUUUGGGGGUGGUUGUAGUGUCUGCCUCCAUUGUUUUUCCAUGAAACGUUGCUCUUUAUCAGCAAAAUCUGGUGGUGAUGGUUUUUAGUGGCCAGUGGUGAUGUGGCACAGUGUCAGCUGGUCCACUCCUGUCUCACAUGGGAUAUCAGGCUGGUUGACACUAAGCCAGAGAGAACAGCCUCUUUCAUCUCCAUGAAGUUUGGUAAGAAACUCCUCCAUUAGAUAUGCAGAAAGGGCUACAUCCCUGCAGCUCGCCUUGUAGAACACAGCAAACCAACUUCCAAAGAGCACAGUACAUACAGCAAUCUAGCUUUUUCUAGUCUCUGGAGACGUUCUUUCUCCUUACAGAACCUGAUUUCCUCUCAAUUCAUUCAAUUGUGAUCUUAAGGAAUUCCAUUUUCUUUAUCAUUGUUCAAGGGCAGAAAGGUGAUUGGGAAAAAAUAAAGGUGUAUAAGCCAUA